AUGAGUGAUCGCUCGGCGGCCGCGAGUGGCCGGCUAAGCGAGAGUUGUGUGGGCACAUCCGAAAUUCGCAGAGCGAACUUGGACAAUUCGACUUCUUUCGACAACACCCUCCCCGACUCAUCCCCGUCGACCACCUACGCCAUGGCCGAUAUCGAUGUCACCCUCGCUUCCUGGAAGCUGGUCGAGGUUGGCCGCCUUGUCCUGAUCCGCCGCGGCCCCUUCGCUGGCAAGCUCGCUGCCAUCGUUGAGAUUAUCGACCACCGCCGUGUCCUGGUUGACGGUCCCUCCGGUGAGGAGCAGAAGAUCGUCCCCCGUCACGUUCUUCCCCUCGCCCACGCCACUCUCACCCCCUUCACCAUCCCCCAGCUGCCCCGCGCCGCCGGUACUGGCCCCGUCAAGAAGCUCUGGGCCAAGAACGAGAUCGAUGGCAAGUGGGCCAAGAGCUCCUUCGCCCAGAAGACCGACCGUGCUGAGCGCCGCAAGAACCUCACCGACUUCGAGCGCUUCAAGGUCCUGCGUCUUCGCAAGCAGGCCCGCUACGAGGUUCAGAAGUCCUACGCUAAGGUCCGGGCUGCCGCUGCUCAAUAG